AACCUAGUUCCUCCUUUCAGACACAGAGACACACACACCCUUUCUCUCGUCUCUCUCUUCGCUCUCUCUCUCUCUCUCUCUCUCUACCCUCAAAACCCUACCCAUCGUCGUCCUUGUCCAGCGGUCUACACUAAACAGUCGACCGACGAUCUACUACACUGAACGGCGAUUGGCUAUCGAUCUACACCGAACAAUAUUCUCCUACGAUCUGCUCAUCUCUGCUCCUGUUCUACACUGACGGAAUAUAAGGAGGUGAUCAUGUCUUCGUCAUAUGUCCCAGCAACCACUGAAUCACUCGAUCAGGCUCAAGAAGCCAAAAAUCCAACAGAGGCAAUCUCAAUCCUUUACCGCAUACUUGAGAACCCUUCAUCUUCUUCUGAAGCACUCCGGAUAAAAGAAAAGGCCAUCUCGAAUCUCUCAGAUCUUCUUAGAGAACAAAACAGGGCAGAGGAACUCAGAAGCCUUCUGACCCAACUAAGACCUUUCUUUUCCUUGAUCCCCAAGGCGAAAACUGCAAAAAUUGUUCGCGGGAUAAUCGAUGCAGUAGCUAAAAUACCAGGCACGUCAGAUCUCCAGAUCUCUCUUUGCAAAGAAAUGGUUCAAUGGACCCGAGCCGAGAAGCGAACAUUCCUUCGUCAAAGAGUUGAGGCGAGGCUUGCAGCUCUUUUGAUGGAAAGCAAGGAAUAUUCGGAGGCAUUAGCCCUUCUUUCUGUGCUAAUCAAGGAAGUCAGAAGAUUGGAUGACAAAUUACUCCUUGUGGACAUAGAAUUAUUGGAGAGUAAGCUCCACUUCUCUCUGAGAAACCUUCCUAAAGCUAAGGCUGCACUCACUGCAGCGAGAACAGCAGCGAAUGCUAUUUACGUGCCUCCAGAUCAGCAGGGUACAAUAGAUUUGCAGAGCGGGAUUCUUCACGCAGAAGAGAAGGAUUAUAAAACCGCUUACAGCUAUUUCUAUGAGGCAUUCGAAGCUUUCAAUGCUCUUGAAGAUCCUCGAGCAAUAUAUAGUCUCAAGUACAUGCUGCUGUGCAAAAUCAUGGUGAACCAGGCCGAUGACGUGGCAGGAAUAUUAUCGUCUGCCAAGGUGGGAUUGCAAUAUCAGGGUCCGGAAGUCGAUGCGAUGAAAGCUGUUGCACACGCUCAUGCGCAACGCUCUCUGAAGCUCUUUGAGACUGCACUUCGGGAUUUCAAGGCACAACUGGAGGAGGACCCAAUUGUUCACCGCCACUUGUCUUCGUUGUAUGAUACUUUGCUGGAGCAGAACCUUUGUAGGUUGAUCGAGCCAUUCUCGAGGGUUGAGAUUGCUCAUAUUGCUGAACUGAUUGAACUCCCUGUAGAACACGUGGAGAAAAAAUUGUCUCAGAUGAUCCUUGAUAAGAAGUUUGCGGGGACGUUGGAUCAAGGUGCCGGAUGUCUCAUAAUCUUUGAAGAUCCAAAGCCAGAUGCGAUCUAUCCGGCGACACUGGAGACCAUCUCGAAUAUUGGGAAGGUUGUGGAUAGCCUCUAUGUGCGAUCUGCCAAAAUUAUGGCAUAAGGUUCAAGCUGUUUGGCUGAGUAACAUUUUCUGGUUGCCAUUUCUGGUUUAUGACUUAAAAAACCUAAAGACUUGCUUUUGCUUUUUCCAUUAUUUCUUUGAAACUGGGUUCGAUUUACUUUGCUUUAAGAGAUUAUAGCUUAUUUGUGUGAUUUUGCUUUGAUGGUCUUCUUUGAAUUACUGGGAUCAUUUUGUUGGGAAUUCUGAUUCUUGUUACUCAA